AUGGCUAUCAGAAGGGAAACGUGGAAGUUUGCUAAAGAGCCUAGAAGCAUGUUGAUCACAAAGAUUGAAGCCAAGGAGGCCUGUGAUUGGCUGCGAGCGGCCGGCUUUCCUCAGUAUGUGCAGUUAUUCAAAGACGGCAGGUUCCCCAUUGAUACUGAAUGGGCGAAGCAUGAUCACCAAUUUCUGGAUAAGGACGCCCUCAAUUCGUUCUGCAGGAGAUUAAACACCUUAAACAAAUGCAUGGAAAUGAGAUUGGAGCCACGGAGGUUGAAACACAGGAGAGAUGAUCGUGACGAGGAAGACUUCUGUGCCAUCAGCCCCAGCUGGAUCUACGACAGGCGGAUGCGACGAUGGCGACGUCUUGACUCUGCCAUGGACAUCUUUCACUUGUCUGACAGCCCCACUGGUUCCCAGGGUGUGUCUCUGUGUGAUGUCAGUGACCGCCAUGACGUCUGCUCUACCCACAGCUCUAGCAGCAUGGACAGCGAAGGCCACGAUGGCUAUCACAAGAAUAACAAAGAAGAUAAAAUUCUACCAGUUGCUACCAGCACAGCUGCUUCUGCAGCCACCACCGCCAGCACCACGGACGACUCAGAGACCAGCAGGAACUCCUCCCACUGCUGCUCCGCGAACAAGACCCCGUCCAUGGACACCACGUUCAGUGGACCCCCUUCUCCUGGUGGAGGAUCAUCCAUCACAAGUCUGGAAGCUGAGGGCUGCUUCUCAGACAAACCACCCGGGAAGACGUGCACCAGUCUACUGAGGAAGAUGGACAAACUGAGGCUGAGGGGGACAACUGGACUGCUCCAGUCUGGUAAUAGCGGCCGCAGUCGGGCCCGGCAUGUUAUAAUCGGGCCAGUUCUGCUCCCAGAGGAGGAGGGGAUGGAGAGACUGUACUGUCAAUCAAGUCCAGAGGGUGGACCCAACAGUCGGGCAUCUUCCUUCCCCUCCUCUCCUCACACCAUCAGCAGCAGCAGCAGCAACAGCCACUCAGAGAGCAGCAGCGCCGUCAGCACACCCAGUCCUGUCACCCGGGUCAGGAGUAACUGCAGACGCCCCAACAGCGGCGUAGGGGUCGGUGGUGGAAUGACCCAGGACAACCAGAACCACACAGGAUCAGAGAAUUAUAAGAACGAGCUCAACAGCAGCAGCCAUGAGAGUCUGGUCUUCCAGGUCCCUCACGGACACAAACCGGGGACCUUCCCCACCUCCCUUGCACAUAAACACUCCAUCCUGAACGCCAUCAACUGGAGGACCGGGAGCUUCCACGGUUACCGGCGUCAGAACAGGUGCCCCCAUGGCACAUCUUCGCUGGCCACUAGUAACCAGGACACCUCAUCUUCACCUUGUUGUGAUGUUGCCGACGCUGGCCCCCACCCUCUGCUGGAUCACCGGCUGAGUAUUUACGACAACGUGCCUGGCAACCAGCAGCUGUCUGAAAGUGAAGGGGGCAGCGACACAGAGCCGAUGGGUGACGAGUCAGAGGUGAGGCGGCUGUUGUCAAAUGAAGACGUUUUCUCUGCUCUGGACAGCGUUUUGGAGAGGAUCAGCGACCUGCAGCAACUGGUCUCCACCUGGUCCCAACAUCUGUCUGAAGACAACUGUCAAAGAGGUUCCUCCUCCUCCACUUCAUCCUCCUCCUCCUCUUCUUCCCAAGACUCACCUGUCCACGGCUCCUCGGCCACCUCCCCAUUCUCCUCCUCCCCACGACGCCUCCACCUGGAAGUGCAGCAUUCACAGGAAACUGAGGUGGAGGAGGAGGACGCAGAUAGCUGCGAGAAGGCACCGGUGAAGGAGCCGAACAUGAGAUCAACACAAAACAAAACCAGUGCCGUGAGGCGGCUGUUGUCAAAUGAAGACGUUUUCUCUGCUCUGGACAGCGUUUUGGAGAGGAUCAGCGACCUGCAGCAACUGGUCUCCACCUGGUCCCAACAUCUGUCUGAAGACAACUGUCAAAGAGGUUCCUCCUCCUCCACUUCAUCCUCCUCCUCCUCUUCUUCCCAAGACUCACCUGUCCACGGCUCCUCGGCCACCUCCCCAUUCUCCUCCUCCCCACGACGCCUCCACCUGGAAGUGCAGCAUUCACAGGAAACUGAGGUGGAGGAGGAGGACGCAGAUAGCUGCGAGAAGGCACCGGUGAAGGAGCCGAACAUGAGAUCAACACAAAACAAAACCAGCAGAGUGAGCCGGCAGCUGCGCUGGUCCAGCGAGCAGAGCCUACCCUCCCUGCCCACUAGUCCACGAGCUGAGAACCAGUCUGUUUCCCAGUUCCUCCUGCUGCAGAAACUCUCCCUGCUCAAACUCACCGCUCUAAUGGACAAGUACUCCCCAUCGAGCAAGCAGGGAUGGAACUGGACUGUUCCCAAACCCCCGAGGAAGACCAAGGUGAGUGAGGUUAGAGGUCGGCAGGUGUUCGGGGUUCCUCUGCUUCUCAACGUCCAGCAGACCGGGGAGCCGCUUCCUCCCAGCAUCCUCAGAGCCCUGGUCUACCUGAGGACUGAAUGUCUGGACCAGGUGGGUCUUUUCCGGAAGUCAGGGGUGAAGUCUCGUAUCCAGUACCUCCGUGAGCUGGUGGAGUCCAAUCCUGAUGGCGUUUCCUACGAUGGUCAGUCUGCCUUCGACAUAGCCGACAUGGUGAAGCAGUACUUCAGAGACCUGCCCGAACCCAUCUUCACCAGCAAACUCUGCGAGUCCUUCCUUCACAUUUAUCAAUAUUUUCCCAAGGAUCAGCAGCUGGUUGCUGUUCAGGCAGCCAUCUUGCUGCUUCCUGACGAGAACAGGGAGGCGCUGCGAACCCUGCUCUUCUUCCUGCGGGAUGUGGUGGCUUGUGUGGAUGAGAACCAGAUGACUCCAACCAACAUCGCCGUCUGCCUGGCGCCGUCACUUUUCCACCUCAGCACCCUGAAAAAAGACGCCGGUGUAGCCAGGUCGAGCCACAGGAAGUACAGCCUGGACCGCCCAGAUCAGCGAGACCUGAGUGAAACCCUGGCUGCCACCCAGGGCCUGGCCAGUAUGAUCACUGAGGCCCAAAAACUCUUCCAGCUUCCAGAGUUUUGGCUGGAUCAGUGUCUAAGUGCUGCCGGCCCCAGCGUGGACUCGGAGGAGGCGGGAGGCCCGGUGUCACCCAAUCAAAGUGGAGGUGAGGAGGAGGAGCAGCGGGAGAAAAGGAACAAGCUGCAGCAGAGCACCCAGCUCCUCCUGAAGGAGGCUAGGGAGAAGAGCAGAGAGUGGGAGGGCCAUCCGGCUCCAGAGCACGUGGAGCUGGCCUUUACGAAGAUGGACGACGGCUGUCCGCUGUGGAUGUGGCGCGGCUCCGUGGAGGUGGAGGCCCCCAGAAGGAGCUGCUGCACCGGCUGCUGAGGGAGCACGACCUGUGGGGGGGAAGCCUCCACCAGCCCGCUGUCAUCCAGACUUUAUCCGAGGACACUGAAGUCUAUCGCUACCUCCUCCUGA